AUGGCCUUCUUUCUUCUUGGAGCUCCAAUCAAGAUUGUUGCAUGUGGAGUGGGCUCAGGUGUAGCAACCAAACAGGCCACGUCAUCAUGCUCAAUCUCAAUGCCUCGUCCUUUCGCUCACUGCCUUUACGAGCUUGGGAAUCUUUCCAACUUGCAGUACCUUGAUCUUGGUUGGAAUAAUUUUAAUAUACCUGAAAACAUAGAGUGGCUCCCUCAACUUUCUUCUUUAGAAUACCUUUGCAUGACUACCGUUAACCAAAGCAAAGUCAAUAAUUGGCUCCAUGUUGUGAAUAAACUACCGUACUUGACAUCCUUGUACUUGUCCUCUUGUAAUCUUCCGAAUAUUUUCUCUGUUCCCCUUGUCAAUUCUUCUACUUCUCUUGAUGGCCUCGAUCUCUCUUAUAAUAGUCUCACUUCUUCUUCUUCAGUACUAGAGUGGUUGUUCAACUCUAACACUAGUAUUGUUGCACUUGAUCUUAGUUAUAAUCAAUUUCAAGGUUUAAUUCCUGAUGGUUUUAGCAAAGUAAACUCUCUUGCAAAGCUCUAUUUCUAUAAGAAUGAGUUUGAAGGUGGGAUACCAAAAAGCUUUGGUGGUAUGUGUAGUUUAGAAGUAUUGGAUCUAUCAUUGAACAAAAUUAGCGGACAACUUCUAGGAAUUUUUCAUAACUUGACUGGGUGUGCAAACCACUCAAUCGAGAGUUUGACUUUUGAUUGGAAUCAAAUAAUGGGAUCAUUACCUGAUAUCACAACAUUUCCAUCAUUGAGAAUAUUAAGGCUUCAAAAUAAUCUUUUGAAAGGGAUCGUGCUUGAAAGUUUGGGAAAACAAUCCAAUCUAGAGACUUUGUAUCUUUCUGGUAAUUCAUUGGAAGGUGUUAUUUCUGAAGCCUACUUCUCAAACCUCACAAAAUUGAAGCAAUUGGGUUUACCUAAUACCUUGGUUUUCAACUUCAGCUUUGAUUGGGUUCCACCUUUUCAAUUAGACGGGAUUAGUUUAAGGUCUUGCCAAUUGGGCCCUCGAUUCCCAACAUGGCUUCGAACUCAAAAAUAUUAUUCUUGGAUUGAUAUUUCUAAUUCUGGAAUUUCGGAUAUCAUGUCCAAUUCAAAUUGGAUAUUCCCUCCUCAACUAGAAUAUAUGAAUUUUUCUUUCAACCAAAUAAGUGGUCAAAUUCCAAAUUUGCCAUUGGAGUUUACUUCUUAUCCCAUCAUAGACUUGAGUUCAAAUAAACUUGAAGGUGGAAUACCACAAUUUUUAUUUGAAUCGGCAUAUUUGGAUGUUUCCAAGAAUAUGCUUUCAGGCCCAAUCUCCGCCUUAUGUGAAGUUCAGAAUGGUAAUUUGAACUUUCUAGUUCUCUCCAAUAACAGGUUAUUAGGACAGAUUCCUGACUCAUGUUGGAUGCAUCUUAAAGGAUUACAAAUUCUUAAUUUGGCAAACAAUCAUUUUCAUGGGAAAAUACCAAGCUCGGUGGGAUUUCUACAUGGGAUUGUAACAUUGGAUUUAGGCAACAAUAAUUUUAGUGGAGAACUUCCUUCUUCCUUGUAUAAUUGCAAGGAGUUGAUCUUCCUUAAUCUUGGAUACAAUGCUCUGGCAGGACAGAUACCGAUAUGGUUAGGGACUAGUUAUCCAAAUUUAAUUAUCCUUAUCCUUCGAUCCAAUCACUUCAAUGGAAGCAUACCUAUUCAUCUUUGCCAUCUAGAACAUCUUCAAGUUUUAGACCUUGCUUUAAACGAAAUCUCGGGAAGUAUACCAAAAUGCCUCAACAAUCUUUCUGCUUUGACUAAAGAAGAUAGUCCAGAUGCUACCAUUAUCCAUUCUUCUCUAGAAACUAUCGGCAGAAAAGAGCAGGAGUAUAAAAAUAUUCUUGGACUAUUAAAAAGCAUAGAUCUCUCGAGCAAUAAUUUAACUGGGUGGAUUCCAGGAGAAAUUGUGGAACUUGUUGGAUUGGUUUCCUUAAAUCUCUCAAGAAACUAUUUAACUGGACAAAUCACUUCAGAGAUUGAUAUGUUACAGUCAUUAGAUUUCUUGGAUCUAUCUAAGAACCAGCUUUCUGGUGGAAUUCCUUCAAGCCUUUCUCAUAUUGAUCGUCUAAGUGUCUUGGACUUGUCAAACAACAAUUUAUCCGGAAAAAUUCCAACAAGCCCUCAACUUGAUACCUUUAAUGCAUCCUCAUAUGAGCGAAAUCCAAAUCUUUGCGGAGCCCCGCUUCCAAACAAAUGUUCGGGGGAAGAAAUAGCUCAAAAUCCAGCUAUGAACGGGAGCAGAGAACAUGCUGGCAUGCAAGAUGAGAAAGAAGGGUUUAUAUCCAUGGGAUUUUAUGUUAGUGUGGCCCUUGGAUUUAUCGCAGGUUUCCGGGGAGUUGUUGGCACAUUAGUACUGAAUAUGUCACUGCGAGUCGCAUUUUUCAGGUUCUUGAACGAUUUCAAAGAUAGGCUAUAUGUGGCAAUAUCAGUGAAUAUGGCCAGAGUUCAGAGGCAGCUUCAAAACUAA